GCGGAAGAGAUGAGGGUGCUGGUACGGUGCUGCUGCGGACCCCUGCCAGUCGGGGGCGGCGCGGGCCGGAGGCCGAACCCACGCUGGCGAGCGCUGGCCAGGCUGAGCGCGGCCCCUGGCUGGGAGGACGGCCAGGGCGCUCGCGUCCGCGAGAAGCCGCCUUGGAGGGUGCUCUUUUUCGGCACUGAUCAGUUCGCCCGCGAAACGCUGCGGGCGCUGCACGCCGCCAGGGAAAACAAAGAGGAAGAGUUAAUUGAGAAGUUGGAGGUGGUCACAGUGCCCUCCCCAUCACCGAAAGGACUGCCCGUGAAGCAAUAUGCUGUCCAGUCUCAGCUUCCAGUGUAUGAGUGGCCAGAUGUGGGAUCCGGAGAAUAUGAUGUUGGCGUGGUAGCAUCAUUUGGCCGACUUUUGAGUGAGGCUCUUAUUCUUAAAUUUCCCUACGGCAUCUUGAAUGUCCAUCCCAGUUGCCUUCCGAGGUGGCGUGGUCCAGCCCCUAUAAUCCACACCAUCCUCCAUGGAGACACAGUUGCUGGAGUGACGAUUAUGCAGAUUAAACCUAAAAGGUUUGAUGUAGGCCCAAUCCUCAAACAGGAAACGGUUCCUGUGCCACCCAAGAGCACCUCAAAGGAAUUGGAAGCCGUGCUGUCAAGACUGGGUGCCAACAUGCUUAUUUCAGUUUUGAAAAAUUUGCCUGAAAGUUUGAACAACGAAAGACAGCAGCCAGCCGAGGGGGUGACACAUGCCCCUAAGAUUUCUGCUGCUACCAGCUGUAUAAAUUGGGAGGAACAAACUUCAGAGCAGAUAUUCAGACUUUAUCGUGCCGUUGGGAAUAUAAUUCCGUUGCAGACACUCUGGAUGGAUAAUACCAUUAAACUUCUGGAUUUGGUAGAAGUUGAUAGUUCAAUCCUCAGUGAUUCAAAAUUAACAGGACAGGCUGUUAUUCCAGGAUUAGUAAUAUACCACAAACAGUCACAAAUACUGCUGGUUUGUUGCAAGGAUGAAUGGAUUGGUGUUCGAUCAGUGAUGCUCAAGAAAACACUAACAGCUACUGAUUUCUACAAUGGAUAUUUGCACCCCUGGUACCAGAAAAAUUCCCACGCUCAACCAAGCCAAUGCAGAUUUCAGACUCUCAGACUUCCACCAAAGAAGAAGAAGCAGAAAAAAAAAAAUGUUGCUAUGCAAUAGUGCACCAAGUACUUAGGAAGAAGAUGAACAAGAACCUACUAUAUACUUGUGAUUUGUUAAAAAGCCUUAUUUACAAGGAAUUACCCUGACUUUCAAAGAAUUUGACACUGUUGAAAGGGAAGAUGAUUGUCAAAAAGAUGAGUUACCCCACUUUGUGUUUUCCAUCUAACAGAGUUAAAAACAACUUUUUCCGUUUGAAUAUAAAGAGAAGUUUUAAAUUAAAUUUUUAUUUAUUA